CCGCCGCCUCUCUCACUACUCCUCCCCUCCUACCAGGCAUCACUUCGUUCUCUUGCAAAUUUCGGCGCUAAAUUGUCGAUUCAGCGAACUCGAUUUCCCCAACCGAACCUACUCGGCGUUCACCCGGAAAUUCGCGGGAGCGUCGCGGUUAGGGUUAGUCUAAUUUUCCUGUAGGCGUAGAAUGUACUUGUUGGGCGUUUUGUCAGAGGAUCGUCGGGUGUUGAAACUGCCCAUGCUUCUGCGGGGAAACAGUGCUGCUAAUUUCUUUCACAGGCGAGACGAGACAACCGGAUACUUCUUGCCCUAGUGUGUUCGACGGAAUGUCUUAGCGCUUAUGUUUGUCUUUACCUGUCAACAUUUUAUCUCCGCUGUGUUCCUAUCGGUGCAGGCCAACGCGGCGUCCGGGAUGGCCGUGGACGACGACUGCAAGCGCAAGUUCCUGGAGCUCAAGGCCAAGCGCACCUACCGCUUCGUCGUCUUCAGGAUCGACGAGAAGCAGAAGCAGGUCGUCGUCGAGAGGCUCGGCGAGCCCAACCUCCCCGCCGACGAGUGCAGAUACUGCGUCUACGACUUCGACUUCGUUACCGAGGAGGGAUGCCAGAAGAGCAAGAUCUUCUUCAUCGCGUGGUCCCCGGACACGGCAAAGAUUAGGAGCAAGAUGCUGUAUGCAAGCUCCAAGGACAAGUUCAAGAGGGAGCUUGAUGGUAUCCAGGUGCAGCUGCAGGCAACCGAUCCCAGUGAGAUGGGCCUUGAUGUGAUCAGGGGGCCGUGCCAAUUGAGUGUCUGCUUCCUGGGUCCUGCUGUGGAGGUGUUGGACUUGUCAACAGCCUGCUUAUGUGAAUGCAACGGAAGCUUGACCAAUGACAUCAGGCCCUACCCUUUUCUUUUUCAUAUUGCCGUAUGCACGUGUUAAUGGUGUGGUGUCAUUGUAGCGCUAUCGCUUUCAUUCUAAUGGAACUGCUUAUCUCCUAGCCCUUAA